AUGGAGCUCAUCAUGGUCGUUCUAGGCCGUUGGCGAUAUCGAUUUGGUGUGAAGAAAAUGAAGAUUGGGGAUAUGUUCCCACGCUGGCGAACUCAGUUGAAGGACUUGGAGUCGAAGGAAAUGGAGAUUUGCGACAAAUGGCGAGCUGAACUAGGAGAACUGGAAGAGAAACAAUUAGCGCUGUCAGAACCUUGGCGAUACAAUUUGGAUACCUCGACAAUGGAAUCCAUCGAAAACGAGAAUGUCCGAGGUCACUCGAACUGUGGUGAAGGCUGCGAUGACCGACUCAAGUGUUUCGUGCAUAACGUUGCAAGGAUAAACAUCCAACACUAUCACCAAAUGAUAGAAGAGUGGGAAGACAAGUUGAGCCAGGAAGGGUUGACACUAGCAGCGGCCAGGCUCGUUCGCGGACCACUUGAGCCAUUCACCAUCAUAGCCGAGGGUAUUGAUGAUCUUAAGACAAGAAGGGAUAUGAUGAGGGAAAAGCUGGCAGAGGAUUACAACGAGAAAUUUGUACCACCUUGUUCGUUCCGAAGCCUGAAAGACGGGAGGUUUUCGAUCGCCAGUGACAGCACUUCCCUGCGCUCCUUUGGGGGGAUUCUCAGUAAGAUAAGGUUCAUUGAGGAAGAAGGGAGCUGA